GAUUUUGUACUUUGGACACCAAGAAUCCUUCACAUAUUCACAGACAACUGAGAGGAACGCAGCAGUGCGUGCAGACUGUAAAUUCAUCAUGUUUCAUCUACAGAAUAUCCUUGCCUUCAUAAUACUCUUUGCCUCCAUUUGUCAGGCUGAAGCUGGUGGUCAACGGGCAUCAUCAGAUACAGCUAAAGUCACAUUACAGCCGUGGCUGGUGGGACUGACAGCCGUUGUUGUUUUUCUCUUCAUUGUCUUCGUCCUCCUCAUCACGCAAAGACUCUUUUUCAAGAAAGACAAAGAUGAGCUAGAAGAAAAGGAUGAAAUUGCUGCAUUUUAUGACAACAAAGCGGCUGAUUUGGAGGCAAAUGAGGAGACCAAGCAGACCAGUUUCUAAUGAGAAGAACAGAUGAUCACAGUCCUGCAGCACACAAGUCUUUCUCUUUGGAAAUUUUUUAGCACAGAGUCACUCUCAAAUAAUUAUAUAUCAACUUAUGUAAUAUGUGAAUAUAUAUUAUUUGAACUUAUUAAUUUUGGUCUUAGUUUUGUUUUUAUGUCUUCACAAGUGUUGCUCCUCACAUCAUCCACCAGACGGAGCAGCCUUCACCUAGUCACAGCUUUAACCUAAAGUUCAAAUAAAAUACAUUUUAAAAAGUAUAAAAGUAGUGCUCUCUAUUUUUAUUAUUGCUAUUUAUUUAUUUGUUGGCACAUAAUCAAUACAAGUUUUACUACUUUGCUGUAACUUGCCUAAAGUUGAAAUAUUCAUUAGGGUAGUGAGAACAUUGGAUUUGAAGAGCACACUCUCAAUGAGUCACAUUGUGCACAUAAUGUUCUGAUUAACUGGCUUUU